AGGCUUCUCUAGAUCUCAUCUGAUGCUUUUAGUUACUUAUGCCGUUUUCCAGUAUUUAUGUCCUCAAAUGUGAUAAGCAGUUAAGUUAUCCAAGAUCAUCUUUCGUAAUCACUCCAAUUUGCACAAGUUUUAAGGUUGGUAGGAAAGGUUGCGAUUUUUCCAUAAAUGACGCUUCAAUCAGUAGAAUUCACUCCAUUCUGGAAGCCAAUGAGUCUAACGAGCUCUGGAUCGAAGAUUGUUCUAAAUUUGGGACUUAUGUAAACGCCCAGAAAAUUCAAAAGGGAUCCAAAAAGCAGUUGCAUGUGGGGGACACUAUUCAGUUUGCAAAUUUCCAGACACGAUUUAAAGUGUAUGUGGAGACAACUAAAGUAUGCACAUCCAAUUUAAGCAGAGAAGAACGAAAAGAUUUUAAAUCUUUAUGUACUCAAUACGAUAUUGAAAUUGUGAGUGAGUUCAACGAGGACACACAUUUCUUAGUUAUGUCCAGCAUAACAGCUACACACAAAGUUUUCACUGCAUUAGUUCUUUUUCGACAAAUCGUAACUCCAUCGUAUUUUUACGAUCUCAUAAACAAUAACGGAACAAAAUGUUUACAGUUGUCAGAUUAUGUUCCGAAAGUAUCUGAAAACAUAAUUAACCAAUCUCUUGCCAAAUUCGAGAAUUGUCAUUUGCGUUUGAACUUGCUUAAAAGUUUGAAAUUUGUUUUUGUUGAUGAACUGCACAUGAAACGGUUACAACCGAUGCUAAUUUAUGCUGGCGCAAGUUGCGUGCUCUUCAAUAUUUUGACCAAAGAACAGAAAUUAGUUAUAAUCGAAGAUUUGAAAAGUGAUGCAAUUGUUUGUGUUCAAUCUCGUGCUUCGCUUAACAAAUCUUCCUUUGAUUCUAUCAGAAAUAGAUUGUCCGAGCUUUCAAAGAGAGCUAUAACAGACUGUGAACUUGGUUUUUGCGUUUUGUAUUGUGAUAGACAGAACUAUUGCAAUCCGUCUUCCAAAGUACCGAGUGAGUUAGCUGAUUUAGAUACAACGCAGCGCAUUGCCGAAACGUACGGUGUCAAUGAAUGCACGAUGCCAAUGAAUUUUAUUCAAAAUCAGCUGGCCAGCACAAAUGUUGAUGUAAAUAUUCGCUCAUGUUCUGAAACCGAGAAGCAAUCAUCUGCUCGUUUUAACAAGAGCAUCACAUUGCCAGAAGUGAAUAAAUCGAACAACACUGGAUUUAGCAGCACUACUGUAGAUAAAACGAACUUUAUCUCGAGUUUGACUGACAAGCAUGCUGACCCGGAUACCGUUGAGCCGUCUGGUAUUACUUCGAAAGUCAACAAAGGAGUUGAACUCAAACGCUUGACUUCUCUGAAACAGCAAAUAAAUGAUUCAAAUGUCAAAGAUAUUAAGGGUAAGAGGAAAGGAUCGCCGCUUACGGAAAACUAUCAAAAAAUUUCUAAAAUUCAGGAGCCUGAACAACCGAAAGAGGUGGGUGAUCUCCAGGAUAAUUUCAUAUCACAAUCUUUAGGGUUUCUGGAUGCCUUGGAACCAGUCAGAAAUAACCCAAGCGACAGAAACAUCAAUGUAAGAGAUAUUAACAACGAUGCUGUGAGUAAUGACUUUCCGACUUCUGAUGCAAAUAGUUGUGCUGCCAAUUUAAAAGAAGUAAAAUCUAGAACAGAUGUCUCUGAAAACAAAAUUACAGUUUCAAAAAAGGAAACGGCCAAAAGUCGUCAAGCUGCUGAAAGCUGUCUUGAAAGAACAGUCAAUAACAUUAGUGGAAUCAAAAGUAAUGCUAUUUCGAUGGUCUCAAAUCGUUCUUUUGGAGACUCAUGGGUUAAAAAGCAGAAAAAUUUUGAUGCGAUUAGAGGUGAUAUUUCUGCAGUCGGUUCUAAUGAGCUAUCGCGAUCAGAUAACACAACACGUUUACCUGAAAAUUCAAGUAGCAAUCUCCAUGAAACGUCAAUGAUGCGGUCUACAACUUUUUCUUUGAAAAGACAGCGACUCCCUCCACCAAACAACUCAGACAGAACCGGAUCGAAUCAACCUAAUUUCAAGAAGUUCAAAAAAAUUCACCCUGCUUGGAAGAAAAACAUAAUAGAAGAAGAUAUGGAUGGUUCGACUGUAGUCGCAAGAAGAAAAACGUCUGUUAAAUUGAAAACAAGGAACAGCAUGCAAACGACAUUUUGAUAUCUGCUAAAUAAUUUUGAAUUGAAUUUAAUAUCA